AGACUGGCUCUGUGUUUUGUAGCUAUUGAACGACCAUGAACUACGAACAGCGCAGGGGUCGUGGUCGGGGCGGCCGUGGUCGGGGCUUCUCAUCCCACCACGAAGGUGGCUCGUCUAAAGAUUGUAGCGGGGGUGGCAGAGAAAAGCCCCCACCGCAUCUGAAAGGCCGGGAGAUCGGCAUGUGGUAUGCCCGGAGACAGGGCAAUAAGAGCAAGGAUAAGGAGAGGAUGGAGAGAGCUGUUGUGCGCAUGGAUGAAUCCAGGGAACUACAAAUCACAAAGCUUCUUAGCACCGUGCAGGCGCAAAACAAUGAUGUAAAGCCAACUCUUUCUGAAGACUCCUGGUGGGACGGUGAAAAUGAAAGAAACAGUACUGCUACUCAACUCAGAGAAACUGCAUUUCCAGAGAAAGAUGCCUGGGAUGAUGACGAUGAAGUUGCGUGUGCUAGUGAGUGUUUUAAGGAAAAUACAGCCUUCGAUCAAACACUUAAAGAAGAGCUGCAGAGCAAAAAAACGAAUCCCAGAUACCUUGAAAUGCAGCGGUUCCGUGCAAAGUUACCAUCGUACACUAUGAAAGAGGAGAUAAUUAAAAUGAUAAAUUCCAGUCGGGUGACCGUUAUUAGUGGUGAGACUGGGUGUGGAAAAACUACCCAAGUGACGCAGUUCAUUCUGGAUGACUACAUCUUGAAGGGCAAAGGGUCCUCAUGCCACAUUGUCUGUACUCAACCAAGGAGAAUAAGUGCCAUUUCGGUAGCAGAACGUGUUGCUGCAGAGCGAGCUGAACCAUGCGGGAGGGGGAAUAGCACUGGUUACCAAAUUCGUCUUGAAAGCCAGUUGCCUCGGAAACAGGGUUCUAUCUUGUACUGUACAACUGGCAUAGUUCUACAGUGGCUUCAGUCUGACCAAUGCUUGGCCAAUGUCAGUCACAUUGUCCUUGAUGAAAUUCAUGAGAGAAACCUGCAGUCUGAUGUCCUCAUGGCCAUAGUAAAGGAUCUUUUGAACCGUCGCCCAGAUUUGAAGAUCAUACUGAUGAGUGCCACUCUCAAUGCAGAAAAGUUUUCUCGCUACUUUGAUAAGUGUCCAAUGCUGCAUAUUCCUGGAUUUACUUUCCCGGUCAAAGAGUAUCUCUUGGAAGAUGUCAUUGAAAUGCUAAGGUAUUCGCCUAAAGACAAAGACAGUAGGCCUCAGUGGAAGAAACGGUUUAUGCAAGGACGAAUGAUGCGACCAGAGACGGCAGAGAAGGAGGAGAUUUACCAGGAGCGCUUUCCAGGAUUUGUGCGGAAACUUCAAGAACGCUACUCUGAAAGUACUAUCCAUGCCUUGCAAUGUAUAGAUGACGAGAAGGUUGACCUUGAACUGAUUGCUGAGCUUAUCAGGCACAUUGUCCUAAAAGGGGAGGAUGGGGCAAUAUUGGUGUUCCUCCCAGGCUGGGACAAUAUCAGCACCCUUAAUGACUUGCUGAUGUCACAAAUUAUGUUUAAAUCUGAUCGGUUUAUUAUUAUCCCUCUGCAUUCAUUGAUGCCAACUGUGAACCAAACACAGGUUUUCAAAACACCACCUCCUGGGGUUCGAAAGAUUGUGAUUGCCACCAACAUUGCAGAGACAAGUAUCACAAUAGAUGAUGUUGUGCACGUGAUAGAUGGUGGCAAAAUAAAGGAAACCAAUUACGACACUCAGAAUAACAUCAGCACCAUGACGGUAGAAUGGGUUAGCCAUGCUAAUGCCAAGCAGAGGAAAGGUCGUGCUGGCAGAGUAAAGCCAGGUUGUUGCUAUCAUCUAUACAACAGCCUGAGGGAUAUGCUGCUAGAUGAUUACCAGCUGCCAGAAAUUGUAAGGACACCUCUGGAGGAACUUUGCCUGCAGAUUAAGAUUUUAAAGCUUGGAGGCAUUGGUUUCUUCCUAGGAAAGCUGAUGGAUCCACCAUCAGAGAAGGCAGUGUGCCUGGCUAUAAACCAUCUAAUUGAGCUGAAUGCUCUCAAUAAACGUGAGGAACUGACUCCCCUGGGCUUUCACUUGGCACGGUUACCAGUUGAACCGCACAUUGGCAAGAUGAUUCUCUUUGGAGCAUUGUUUGGUUGUUUGGAUCCUGUCUUAACAAUUGCAGCAUGUCUCAGCUUUAAAGACCCAUUUGUUAUUCCUUUGGGAAAGGAAAAAGUAGCAGAUGCGAGAAGGAAAGAAUUGUCCAAAAAUACGAAGAGUGACCACUUGACUGUUCUGAAUGCUUUCUUGGGAUGGGAGGAGUCAAGGCGAAGUGGUCAAAGAGCAGAGAGGGAAUACUGCUGGGAUAACUUUCUGUCUUCUAAUACACUUAAGAUGUUAAGUGACAUGAAAGGGCAGUUUACUGAGCACCUCCUUGGAACAGGCUUUGUCAGCAGCAGGAGUCCAAAGCAUUCCAAAGCCAAUAUCAAUUCAGAUAAUGAAAAGCUCAUCAAGGCCGUGAUCUGUGCUGGACUGUAUCCAAAAGUGGCUAAGAUUCGCCCCAGCUUCAGUAAAAAAAGGCAAAUGGUAAAAGUUUAUACCAAACCAGAUGGUAAAGUCUGCAUUCAUCCGAAGUCUGUUAAUGUGGAUGAAGCUGAGUUUCACUACUCCUGGCUGGUCUACCACCUGAAGAUGAAAACCAGUAGUAUUUACCUGUAUGACUGUACAGAGGUCUCUCCAUAUUCACUACUUUUCUUUGGAGGAGAUAUUUCCAUCCAGAAGGACCAAGGGCAGGACACCAUUGCUGUGGAUGAAUGGAUUGUCUUCCAGUCGCCUGCUCGGAUUGCCCACCUGGUCAAGGAUUUGAAGACAGAGCUUGAUUCCCUUUUGCAAGAUAAGAUAGAAAGUCCUGAACCGGUGGAUUGGAGUGAAACUAAAUCCAGAGACUGCGCUGUUCUCUCCGCUAUCAUUGAUCUAAUAACUACACAAGAGAAUGGGGAGGCCAAGAAUUUUGCACCUCGAGCGCAGCAGAAUACCCGACCUUGUGCAACUAAUUUGCAGUUUUAUCAAACAAGCACAUGAUAAAGUAAUUGCUGUUCAAUGGCAAAAUGCUAUCUGCCACUAGAGGGACCUUUUAAGCUAUUGCACUGAUGCAGGAGAACUGUGACAAAUGAAACUUGUACAUUGAGGUGCUGGACCAUUGAUGAUCUGCAAAUGGCUUUCCAUGUUUUAUACAUGGCUAUGAAAGGGUAUUACUGUGCUCAACAGUAUGUGGGACUGUAAUUCAAGCACCUGCAGAAAUAUAUUAUUCAGAUGUUGAAUAGAAGCUGGCCUUGCAGGUUUAUGAAUUCCUUUCACCUGAAAAAGUGAAAUGUUUUGUUUC